AUGAUAUUGCAAGUAAUCACUUCGCACAAAGUGGACGUAGUAACACGAGCACUACUGGCAUUUUACUGGUGCUUCGGUUUUCGGCGGCUGACUUUGUACUAUGUGGCGUUUGAGGAUAUUGCUUUUGAUGACACGAAUGCCGUCAUCACUGUCAUUAUGCGCCAUCGGAAGCGGGCUCUACGAACGGCGAAAUCCAUGGCAACGCGGACUUUGAGACCAUUCGCCGUGGCUACGUACAAGUUGAUACGAGACAGCUUGCACAAGGCGUUCAUCGGUGCGAAAUCUGCGCAUCAUCAGUUUAUGCAAGUCUUAUCGAUGCAGGGAAGUCGAAACCUACGUCGCCUAUUCCAGCAGGCAGGACUAUCCGAUAGUGAGCUGGAACACAUAUCUCCACCUGGCAUGAGACGUGGCUUUGUGGCAAGUGCUCAUUCCUUGGGGGUUAGCGAUGACGUUAUUGUGGCCAUACUCGGAGUGUAG